AUGGCCCAGAUCAAUGUCGCAGACCUCGAAGUGCCGCAACUACUGGACGAACUUGAGCAUUUGACAGCAUCAUUUGGCCAGCUAAAGCAAGCGCAGGCCAAAUUCAACGCAUGUGCGGACAACGUCUCGCAAUUAGCGUCUUCCACAUCAGAUAAUCAAGUCCUCGUACCUCUUACAAACUCGCUUUAUGUCCCGGGCAAGAUCACAGAUAAAGAACACGUAAUUAUAGACGUUGGGACGGGCUAUUUUGUAAAAAAGUCGACCGCAGAGGCGACAACGCAUUAUAAAGGAAAGGUCGACUUUGUCACCAAGAACCUAGAAUCACUUCAACAAGCGAUCCAGAAGAAGCAAGAGAAUCUCAACAUGUUGGUGCAAAUCUUGCAGGUCAAAGUAGCGGAGAGCGGCGCUGCAUCAGGAUCGAAGACCACAUGA